AGAGACACGCCCAAUGACUUCCGUUGUUAAUUUGGUCGUUCCUUCUUUCCGGGCGUCUCUCUGUGUUGUGUGUGGGAAUAAGUAAAAAGGAUGGCACAGAAUAAUUACUUCGGAUUUACACACGGUGGUACUCAAUAUGGAGCAACCAGUGCUGCUUAUCAGACUGGGCAAGCUGGAUAUGCAGUGACACCAGCAGCUACUGCAACUUAUACUCAGAGACCUGCUGCUGCUGCAGCUACUGGGUACGAAACUUAUCAAGCUGCUGCUGCUGCAGCAGCCACUGGCACGACUUAUGCAGGUUUUGUUUCCCCUGUAGCAGCAAACCCUGGUACGGUAGCUCAAACAUACGACUACGGAUACGGACGCGCUGCACCAGCGGCGACGUACGACGCAACUAAAACUUACUAUCAACAACCAGCUGCCGCGGCAGCUGCUGCAACUUACACAACUACUGAGACUCACUAUCAAGCUGCUAAACCAGCUUACAGUACUACGAGUGCUUACACCGGUACUGCUCGUCAAGCAACAACUACUGGACAAGCUAAAACUUAUCAAGCAGCAAGUACCGCUUAUCAGCAAUCAAAUCCUACACAAAACGCAACUUAUUCAUCUGGUUAUACUGCACCAGCUACUCCAGCUGCUACUCCUGCUGCUGCCACUAACAAAACGGCAAGUACAGCAUAUUCCGGGUAUGACGCAGCGCUUUAUAGCGCUGCGACAAUGUACGUAGCCCAACAGAGUGCAAACAGCAACAAUACAACUAACCAGAAGACUGGAGGUUGGCAGGGCUACGGACGUAAAGGAUUUGGAGCCGGUGGAAGUGGAAUGAAGAGUAUGAGAGCCAAGCCGCCACCAAAACCCCAGCAAUUACACUAUUGCGAUGUGUGUAAAAUCAGCUGCGCUGGGCCCCAGACUUAUCGUGAGCACUUGGAGGGUCAAAAACAUAAGAAGAAAGAGGCGUCGAUGAAGGUACCACAACAACCCCCGGCGCGGGGCGCUGGUAAUUCACUCAGAUGUGAAUUGUGUGAUGUUACUUGUACUGGUAAUGACGCUUACGCUGCACAUAUUCGUGGGGCGAAGCACCAGAAAGUCGUUAAACUUCACACUAAACUUGGUAAGCCGAUUCCGAGUGCUGAUCCAACUGUACUCAAUCCAAAACCUGCUGCUGCUGCUGCUAAAGCUGCUGCUGGCGGUGCUGCUACCGCUGGCGCCGCUGCUAAAAAAUCGACGGUUACUGCUACUCCUAAAAUUAAUUUUGUUGCAUCUGGGAAUCUUGGUACAGUGAAUCAAAAUCCAACAGCAGAAAUUAAAACAGAGGAAGCUGCUGUAGAGGAAGCUGUUGAAGAAUCAGUAAUUGAAGAAAAAGAUAUUCAACCAGUGGGACAAGAAUAUAUUGAAGAGAACAAAUCUGAGGAUGGAAAAAUAAUAAGUUUCAACUGUAAGUUAUGCGAGUGUCGAUUUAAUGAUCCUAAUGCCAAAGACAUGCACAUGAAGGGCCGACGCCAUCGAUUCGCUUACAAGAAAAAAGUAAACCCAGACUUGGUCGUUGAUAUUAAACCGAGUUUAAAGCAACGUAAAAUGUUAGAAGAAAAGCAUCGCCGUCAGCAAGCACGUGAAGAAUUUUCGCGACGUCGCGAAGAAAUGAACCAGAUGGGUCCGAUGGGCAUGAUGGGUCCAAUGAUGGAUGAGGAAAUGAUUUACUGGGAAGAGCGUCGUCGUUACGAGGAAGAGUGCGAGUACUACGAGUGGUACCGUCGUUGCGGACGUGGUCCAGGUGCACCUCCAAUGCCACCGCGUCCAUUUCCCGGCCCACCUGGCAUGAUGUUCUCUGUUGUACCUCGCAGAUCUGAUGACAAACAUGUUGAUGCUCAUCACUCGAGUAUUUAUCCAAAGGAAGAAGAACUGCAGGCCGUUAAAAAAAUUGUUUCACACACUGAGAAAGCUUUAAAAUUAGUUUCUGAUGUCCUCGCUGAAGCUAAUAAAAAAAUGCUGCCGGCAGGGAAUAUAUCAAUAUCUGCAGUAACUACUGAAGUGAAAAAGGAGGACGGUGAUAAGAAAAAAGAUAAUGAUACAACUAACACAUUUUCAUCUCCAAAAGAAAAAGAAGACUUACGUGUUAUUCGCGAUGUCAUGCGCGUCGGUAGUUUAGCUAAAGGAUUAUUAUUAUCUGGCGACAAUCAUGUCUGUCUUGUUGUUUUAUGCGCUGAGAAGCCUACGAAGACAUUGUUAAAUAAAGUUGCUGAAAUUUUGCCAUCACAAUUGAAAAUAGUUGCACCAGAAGAAACUUACAACGUCGGUAAACAUCCAGAAUCUGCAGCACUAACAGUUUCCGGUGGUACUGUAACAGUCAGUGUCACAUUAACAAGUCCGCUGAUGCGUGAAACAGCUAAACCACCAGCAACAGCAGAUAAUGCUGGACAGCAGCAGGGAGCUGCUCAACCGCAAACAACGCCCGCGAUGCCCGCAGUGACGAAACCAGACCCACCAGAUGUACUUCCCAAGGCUAAGUGUUUGGAGGCUUUAGCUCAACUCAGGCAUGCCAAGUGGUUUCAGGCUCGAGCAUCAUCACUGCAGAACUGCGUUAUUAUUAUACGUAUUAUGCGCGAUCUUUGUAAUCGUGUACCGACAUGGGGACCACUCAAUCCAUGGGCACUGGAACUGCUCACUGAGAAAGUUAUCAAUACAGCUGGUUGUCCUUUAAGUCUUGGAGAAGCUUUACGUCGUUUACUUGAAUGUGUUGCUGGUGGUAUUUUACUACCAGGUUCUCCGGGAAUAGCAGAUCCGUGUGAGAAAGAACCAACGGAUGCAAUAGGCAACAUGACAGCUCAACAACGUGAAGAUAUAACAGCCUCAGCUCAACACGCGUUACGUUUAGUUGCAUUCCGUCAAAUUCACAAAGUACUUGGUAUGGAGCAAUUACCGCCGCCAAAACAUAAAGGACGUUUUCCUCGAAAACGCAGACGUGACAACAGUAACGGUGAAGGUAACGACUGUGAGGCUUCAAAAAAAGAUAAAAAGGCCGAAGAAACGAAAAUGGAAACAGAUUCGAAGUAAUUUAUUACUUGAGUACGAUAAUUCACUAAAAUACACUAAUUUAAUAAAAAUAACAAUAAUAAAAAAUAUAAGUAAAUAACUCAUUUAAUAUGUUUACUAUCGAUUAACUUGACUCGCCAGCAAUUAACUUAUUAAUUGAAAUUUAACAUUUCACUUGUUGAAAAUUGACUUUAAAUAAAUAGAUUAUUUAUUAAUGAUAUAUCAAUUGGAUUAAAAAAAUAGAAAAAAAUCAGUUGCAUUUUUGUGUGAAGAACAAAAUUUCCGUAUAAACGCGUAUCUACGAGGCGAUAUUUGAAUUUAAGAAAAAAAAAUUGCUGAUAUUUAAUAUUAGGAAUUUUAAUUUAAAAAGACAUUGUCAAUUUGUAGUCAUACUGUUAAGAACGAUCAAAAGUAAAAAAAAAAAAAAAUAAAUUAUUAAUAAAUAUAUUAAUGGACUUAAUUAAUUGAUUAAUAAAAAAAAUAGUAGUAUUGAAUCUUGUGCACGUGUGUUUAGUAAUAAAUGUUUAAUAAUUACUAAAUAAUAAUAAAAUAAUUUUAAUCAAGUACGUAAAUACGGAAAGUCCGCAAAUGAACUAAAAGUUUUUUUAAAAUGAUUUACUAACGAAGGAGAAUCUUUUAUCAUUAUUUAUGUAAUAAAUGUAGUAAUUUGAAUUGUUUAUUAUAAUUAUAAUUAUCUGAGAUGAUUGAUGAGUAAUCAACUUGCUUAAGAGAGUUAGAAAUAAAACAAGGCGAGUUUUAAGUUUAGUUUAUUGAUUGAAAUUGAGAUCAUUGUCGUUACAAGUAUCUUAUGUAUUCUUAAAUCUUAUAAUUUAAUUAAUAAAGAUUAUAAAAAUUUCUAAAA